AUGAGGUCCGCUUCUAGGCUGAGAAAGCACAGAGAGCGGCUGGCUUGUUCGGCAUGCCGGCAGAGGAAGCUCAAGUGUGACCGUGAAAGUCCCUGCGGCAGCUGUAUUCGCAGGAGAGAUGUAACAUCCUGCUCCUACGAAGUUUCCUUUGAUGACCUGAACCGCGACCGUCUCCGCCACACACAGGCCCAAGCACGUCUUGAACAUCUGGAGCACCUCGUCGGGUUACUCGCGGAACAACGUUCAAGCACCACUAUUGGAGUUCAAUAUGGCACUCCGGCUGUUGAGUUGCCACACGAUUCGGACACUGGGGAACGCACAAUCGCAUCAUCGUCUUCUCGCUCCGACCAGGCUGGAAGCGGUGCAACACACUGGUCAGCUAUGCUGGAUGACAUUCAAGCUCUCAGGUCUACACUCGAUCCUCCUGAGGGCAAUGACAUAGAUGAAGGAGACACGAGUGCUCCUCAGGCAGACGUUGGAAUGGGAAUGGACGUCAUGUUCGGCGCUGGCCUUUCACAAACCGUCAGCAUCGAACAAGUACUUAGUACUUAUCUUCCAUCCCGAAGGAGCACCGACCGCCUAGUAUCUACAUAUUUCCGCGUUCGGUCGUACAUCACGCCAUAUAUACAUUCAGUGCAAUUUCAGAGGCAGUACGAGGCUUUCUGGAGCGACCCUAGCGCAGCCUCGCCACUUUGGAUAUCAAUCCUCUUUUCAAUAUUGUUCAUCGCCGCCAACAUAUCUCGAACUGGCAAAGAAAAUGAGAUACCAGGGCAUGGAUUUACAGUUGCUGCCGCCCAGUGUCUCUCUCUGAGCGAGUAUUUCCGCCCCAAGGCCUUCUGCUUUGAGGCACUACUGCUUUAUCUCCAUUCACGCUUUGUCACUUGUCUGGAAAUCUCUCCGGAUAUGGGGGCUCUCAUCAGCGUGCUCGCCCACAUUGCCAUGAUUUCGGGCUAUCACAGAGAGAGUAGCGUUCCAAGUCUGAGUCCCUUCACAGCAGAGAUGCGACGCAGGGCAUGGAGUUCGUUCAUGCAGCUUGAUCUUCUAGUAUCCUUCCAUCUGGGUGUUCCGUCGAGAAUCACCUUGGCAGUCUCAGACACGCGGAUUCCAAGUAAUCUUCUCGAUUCCGAUUUCGAUGAACACAGCGCUCGACUGCCCUCCUCGCGACCGGAUUCUGAGCUGACUGGUGUGACAUUUUGCAUUCUAAAGCACAAAUUCAUGACAGUAUUCGACAAGAUUCUUCAACAUGCGCUGGUAAAUCCUUCACACGAGGUAAUAGACGCUCGCAUUGACUCCUUGGAUACCGAACUCAAAGACUUAUACGGAAACCUGCCGGAAUUAUAUCAGCCUCGGCCAAUCGAGAGUUGUAUCAUCGACCAUCCUCAACUCAUCGUCGCUCGCUUUUGUAUCUCUUCUAUAUACUACAAAAGCCUAUGUGUUCUUCAUCGUCCACAUGUGACCAAACAUCGAGAUAAGAGCAUUCGAAAAUGCUAUUCGGCAUCAUCUGCCCUGGUAACUGACCUUCUACAAGUCUACGAGGAGUGCAAACCUGGAGGCCAGCUGGAUACCGAGGAGUGGUUGAUGAAGAGUAUCACCUGGCAUGACUUCUUACUCGGUGUUACCACAUUGUGUCUUGUGGCCCAUGCAGCGAUCCAGAUCACCGAGGGAUUUUAUAUCAAUGAACUGAGUGUAAAGCUUCUGUUGGAAAGAGUCAGAACAAUGAUUCAAACUGAAAAUUCAGAAGAUGGAGCAAGGGCUCGAUCCAGAGUUCUAUCGAUAGUGGAAGCUACAAUCUCUCGUUUGAGGGCACAACAAAGCAGCGAAAGCAUGCAAAUCACAGCCGAUAUACAGGUGUCACCAAAUGGAACUGAGGGAAGGGGCUGGAAACAAGGGGAGGCCCAGCAAUACGAAACCAAUUGGGACUAUCUCGACGAGCUACUCGAUGCCUCUCAUGGAAUAUUUACCCCAGCAGAAGUAUAA